UACCGCUGUCGAUAUCGAUAGUCAGCAGUUGCAAGAGCGCUGGUGGUCAAGUACGCCUCAUUUUUUGUCUGGUCGCAAAGCGCAGAAAGAAAUUGGACGCUGAAAGUUUCGCGAUUCGAAGCCGAAAUCGCCAAAAUCAUGUUUCGACUUCUCGUCGCUACUGCACUUUUUGUGCUGAUCGACGCGCAGAUCCAAAGAAUUUCAUUGCACAAGAUACAGUCUAUUCGAAGAACUUUGGAGGAAGUUGACACUGAGCUGGAACAGUUUCGUUUGAUCAAUGCUAAUUCUUCUCUCAUACCAGAACCUUUGUCUAAUUAUAUGGAUGCUCAAUAUUAUGGUGUUAUCGGCAUUGGAACUCCGCCGCAGGAGUUUAAAGUAAUUUUUGAUACUGGUUCCUCAAAUCUUUGGGUGCCAUCCAAAAAUUGCCAUAUUACCAAUAUUGCUUGCUUAUUACAUCACAAAUAUAAUAGUAAAAAAUCCAGCACAUAUAAAAAAAAUGGUACUGAUUUCGCUAUUCAAUAUGGGUCUGGCAGCCUGUCUGGAUACUUAUCUACAGAUGUAGUGACUAUUGCCGGCCUCAAUGUUCAGGAUCAAACAUUCGCAGAAGCGAUCAGUGAGCCAGGCUUAGCGUUCGUCGCUGGAAAGUUUGAUGGUAUCUUGGGUAUGGGUUACUCUACAAUAUCCGUCGAUGGAGUGACACCUGUCUUCUACAACAUGGUCAAACAAAACUUAGUACCACAAGCCGUUUUCAGCUUUUAUCUAAAUCGAGACCCUUCAGCCGACAUGGGUGGUGAGUUAAUAUUGGGUGGCUCUGAUCCUGCUUAUUACGAUGGCGACCUCACAUAUGUUCCUGUUACUCGCAAAGGAUAUUGGCAAUUUGCUAUGGACAAACUCAGUGUAAGCAAUCAAACCCUGUGCCCGAAUGGCUGCCAAGCUAUCGCUGAUACAGGCACCUCCUUGAUAGCUGGACCAGUAGAAGAUGUUAAAGUUAUUCAUAAACUAAUCGGAGCUACUACUUUAAUUAGUGGACAGGCAAUAGUGAAUUGUAAUCAAAUUCCUAACUUGCCUGUAAUCGAUUUUGUUUUGGGUGGUAAAACAUUCAGUCUUUCUGGUGAAGACUAUAUUCUUAAGGUCACACAGAUGGGCCAAACGAUUUGUCUAAGCGGCUUCAUGGGUUUUGAUAUCGGAUCGCAUGGACUACAAUGGAUUCUGGGCGAUGUAUUUAUUGGCCGUUAUUACACCGAGUUCGAUUUAGACAACGACCGAGUAGGAUUCGCCCCAGCAAAAUAAAUCGUCGAUUGUCUUUUCUUAAAGUUACCAUUAGAUUUAACUUACGUUAUGAAUAAUUAAGCAAAAAUUUGAUUUUUUUUAAAUAGCGCUUGAUGCUUAUUGUAAUUUUUACUUUUAUUAUCCAUUCAGUACAUACUAUAUGUGAUAUGUGUGUUUGAAAAAGGAAGAUGUAAUGUAAUAUCUUCCAAUAAUUUUAUAUCAUCUCAUUCAGCAUACAAUUAUUAUAAGAUCAUGUCUGAAUAGAUAAAUAAGUCUGUUAUAAAAUAUAUAUCCUUUUCAUGUA